UUUUCUGCUCUGCUGAGCUCUCCUCGCUGUCACCCUGUCUUUAUACAGUCUCUCCUGUUAUCUGGCUGGAGAGAGCAGCUCCUUCAGGAGGACGGAAGAAAGGAGAACGCCAUCCCCCCCUGACCCCCCACCCCCCACCGCCUUCACUGCCUGUCCAUCACUGCGACGGAGCAUCCCGUGGAUUUAUCCCUGCUGUGAGUGACACCUGGGGAGGCGAAACCUGACCAGAGAGAGGCGGGUGGAGGCUCACAACCCCACUCCCUCAAACCUGCUCCUGCAUCCAUCCAUCCAUCCAUCCAUCCAUCCAUCCAUCCACCUGUCUGGCAAUCCAGCCGCUGUACAACUGACCUCUGCUCCUCUGGUUUCCUCCUCAACACCAUGAACAAGAUGAAGAACUUCAAGAGGCGGUUUUCUUUGUCGGUUCCUCGCACUGAGACCAUCGAGGAGAAUGAGUUCACUGAGCAGAUCAAUCAGCUCAACAUAUGCCACACCCAGGAUUUGACCCCGGACAGCCUUGGUCCUCCGUCCCAUGACGGCAGUCCUCUGAGCCCUGAAGCGACCACACCAGGAGCUCACUCUCCAUCCCCCCUCCACUACCACAGUAAGGCACAGCAUCGACGCUUCUCCAUGGAAGAUGUGAGUAAGCGCAUGUCUCUGCCCAUGGACAUCCGCCUGCCUCCAGAGUUCCUGAAGAAGCUGCAGCAGGAGAGUGAAAACUCUGCGCCCUGCAAACCUCUCACCCGCAUGUCUAGACGGGCUUCUCUGUCGGAUAUAGGCUUUGGGAAACUGGAGACAUACGUGAAGCUUGGCAAACUGGGCGAGGGAACGUACGCCACAGUGUUCAAAGGGCGAAGCAAACUCACAGAAAACCUGGUUGCACUAAAGGAGAUUCGGCUGGAGCACGAGGAAGGAGCCCCCUGCACUGCAAUCAGGGAGGUGUCUCUGCUGAAGAACCUCAAACACGCCAACAUUGUCACGCUGCACGACAUCAUCCACACGGACCGCUGCCUCACUCUGGUGUUUGAGUAUCUGGACAGGGAUCUAAAACAUUAUCUGGACAACUGUGGAAGUCUCAUGAGCAUGCAUAAUGUCAAGAUUUUCAUGUUCCAGUUGCUACGCGGUCUGGCCUACUGUCACAAAAGAAAAAUUCUCCACAGAGACCUGAAGCCUCAGAACCUGCUCAUCAACGACAAGGGCGAGCUCAAGUUGGCGGACUUUGGUCUGGCACGAGCCAAAUCUGUCCCCACAAAAACGUACUCCAAUGAGGUGGUCACACUGUGGUAUCGGCCGCCCGAUGUGUUGCUGGGAUCCACAGAGUACUCCAUGCAUAUCGACAUGUGGGGCGUGGGCUGUAUUCUGUAUGAAAUGGCGACAGGCCGUCCGAUGUUUCCUGGAGCCACUGUCAAGGAGGAGCUGCACCUCAUUUUUAGGCUUAUGGGCACUCCCACAGAGGAGACUUGGCCUGGAAUCGGGAGCAAUGAGGAGUUUAGGUCCUACCUCUUUCCUCAAUACAAACCCCAAGGUCUGAUCAACCAUGUGCCGCGGUUGGACACUGAGGGGAUCGACCUGCUGUCGGCGCUGCUGCUGUACGACAUCAGGAGCAGGAUCUCCUCUGAAGACGCCCUGCGUCACCCGUACUUCCUCAGUCUGGGGGAUAACAUUCAUAAUUUGGCUGAUACGGCUUCAGUGUUUUCCCUCAGAGAGUUGCAGCUUCAGAAGGAUCCGGGUCACCGCAGCUCCGUGUUCCAGCCUUUAGGUCGAGGAAAGAAUCGACGACAAAGCAUCUUCUAGAGGUCGCAGGUCAAGCAGUUGCCUUUGAGUCCCCAUUUCCCCGUUCAACACACCUGGACCUGGCGUGUUUCCAUGACGAAAGCAUCACCUCAAAGACACGCCUCCUUCCACACACGUCCAACUUUGCACAUUUGCACAAACAGCAACACUCAGCCGCCGCCGUCGUGUUUUCCUCCUGAACGCAAAUGCAGGACAGAGAUCACACGCCGGCAAAACGCCGGUCCUGCAGGAUCAAAGGGGGGCGGGGUUAACUCAGCUUCACAUUCAUGAUCAGCAGCAAAGUAACAAUUUUAAAAAAUUAGAAAAACAUGGAACAUUAUGUACAGCUAAUGACAUAUUACAUACCAGCUAAAUAAUAGAUGAUAAACAUUUCCUAAUAGGUCACAUUCAUCUGUGUUUGCCAAAACACUUUAAUUCAACUCAUUCAUAAAAGUUACGCUAAAGGGCGACGCAAAGAAAGCAAGAAACGUAAAACCAAGAAAGAAUUCAUGUAUACUCCAAUUUAUGACAAAUAAUUCUAAAAGCUGUUUUUGUGACCAACAGAGCAUUUUCUGUGCAAACCCCUCUAUGGUGUACUUUUCCACUCCAAUCCAGCAAUAAGCAACAAUGAAGAGGAAAACUUUCAAAGAAAAGGGGAACAUGGAGAAACCUUUAGCUGAACCAGAUUCAGUAGAAAUCCUCAUCUGAUUUGGUCUGACAGGAAAGAGAAAAAACUGAAAAACAUCUGCUUUAGGACAGAAACCAGACAAUUACACAGUAACUGUAACAAUGGCAGACCUCUAGGGAGUCCAAAUGAACUCCAAUGAUUCAACGUUUUCUUUUGGAAAUGGCCAUAAUACAGCCUAAAAACUGAAUAGGUUUGGGCUUUAAUGGUAAAAUAACGCGGUUAAAUAAUACAUUGACUAAUAAGUAAAAUGCUCCAGUGAUAAAGUCAAAUAUCCUGACAAUGUUUUUUUUUAACUAAAAUAACUAAAAACAAUUAAAAUUUGAGUGAAUUUUUAAGUGAAUAAAAUGUAAAGAAAUCUGUUUCCUGAUUCUACUUUUAGAAUAAUACUGAUUAAAUGAAGAAAAGCAUAGAAACCUGACCGCUUGACAGUCUUAUUUUUCAUUACAUCAAAAAAUGUCUUUUUUUGUUAAAUGUAUAAAUUUACACAUAUAUAAUGACAUUUUCAGAAGCAAAAUCGUUUUCUCUUAAAUGUUCAAAAAAGUUUUUUUUGGCAAAAGGUGAAAGGUUUAAUACCGGAGACGCCUAGAUCCACACGCUCUUUGAACUACAGUUUGAUUUUAUUAUUCUUGUUCUGUGUGUGUUAUUUUUAUGUAAAGCACUUUGUGGAGUUGGAAAAGUGCAACUCCACAAACACAACUGACGUCAUUCAAACAAAUUCUGACGCGGACAAAAGCAGCGUCCGUCAGUGUAGCGUAACGCCGCAGAAUCAGACGGUUUACGUUGAUUGCGUAAACACGUCACUACCGUAGAGAGUGACGUAUGAGAGGAAGGCAGCUUUUCUCCUCUAAUCCGGUGGAAUACCGCAACUCUUUAUCUGUUAACCCAAUUCUGAAGCGGCGUGUUGCCUACAUACACUGUUGUAUAUGCCCAAUACUAAUGUAAAGUGUAGCAUAGCGAUGCUAUGCUACACUUUACAGUAGUCACCUGUUUACACAAUCGAUCAGCUGACGUCUCUGUCGCAGAGAAAAGCUGCUAAUGCAGAGUUGCACUUUACUAGCAUAAGGGAUUGCAGAUGCGGCGAUAUCCAACAAUUUAAGUCAACGGCUUCACCUAAAUGACACUCUUUCAGCUGUUUUAGCUUAACUAUUAUACGCCGUUAUGCUACACAGUAGCUAAGUGUUCUCACAGUCAACGUAAAUAGAAUGAUAACAAAAACCGUCUUUGUGUCGGCACGCGGUGAAUUAACCAACAGUGUCGCAUGUGCGCAGAUGUGCAGAACUCUACUGACGGGAAGUGUUGCAUAGCGACGCAAAGCCACUUUUCUCCGCCUCAGAAUCCAUCGGCAUUACUUAGAUUGCCAAAAUGUUCAAAGAGUUGACCUGCAUUCAAUUUCUCCUUCAUGAUCACUUUUUAAUUACACAAAUUAAAACCCACUAAAGUCGAGUUCCGGAUUGGUCAAAGUUCAACUCAUUUAAUAUUCAACCCGUAUUCAAUGGCCGCGUGUUUUUGUACGUAGAACCCGAAAAUGCUCUUAAAAACCUAUGUAGCGAAUGUGAAUGUCUCUAACGCGGAAACCCGUUAACGUAGACGCACGCUGCCGAGGCCUCUGUGAACGCCGCAUUACGUUAGUUUGAAAAGUGGGCGUUUCUUAGCCGUCGCUGACCACAUGUCGGGUGUUAAAGGGGAAAGGCGAGGGGAGUUUCUCGGUGACUUCACCCUUAAAUGGCUAGGUUAUCGGCGCACAGACACUGUUGCAGCGACCCCUUUUGACCCCGAACAGGAAACGGGAGAGAGUGGAUGGGUUUGUGAGUGAUGCGAAUGUGGGAGCGCCAACACCGCCGUGGUAGCAUCAAUUCCUCUGCUAGCAUGUGACAAACCCCUUCCAUUCAUUUCUAACCGGAACAUAAAGCCUUCAGUGACUCCUCCCACACAAUUCAACAGCUGUUUUCAGUUUGUUUUUUCUUCCAUAUGAUGUUAAGCGCUGCCAUCACUCCGGUGAUUUGAAUGCCUUAGUAAACUGCAUGAUCUCUUUUGGCUUGUGAAGAAACUGUUUGAUCUCGUGUAGCCAUUGUAACUACGAGACUCCGUCUCUGUAAAAGAACUCAUCUCUAGUCUCCUACUUUGCACAAACCAAAAGUGUCCUCUGAAGCCUGCUCCCCUCCCUUUGUGUCUCUUCCUAACAGGAGCCCAACAUCUAAUCAGAUCGGCCGGUCCGGGGUAAAUUUAGACGCCCCCGCUGCCCUCAGCUUUUCCCUGAGACCUGUGUUUGGGUUCAAUUCCCUCCUACCUAAACUGAGGACCUCUUUGAUCUGUUUUUGUUUUUUGUUCUUUCUCCUGUUGAGGUCCAAACAUGUAAAACAGAGGAGGAAUAGUCAUUUAGGGUCUCAGGCCAAGUGUUUGAGGGGCUUAGUGACAUCUAGUGGAGAGGUUGUGUACUGCAGCUUGGUGGAUUAUAUACAUUUAUUCUUUUUUGUGAGGCAAAAAGGCUGAUUAGAGCAAAUCUGUGGCUUCCCUCUUCAUCUAUUUUCUUGAUGAUUUUCUUCAAGAAACUAAUGGAAGAAUAAUAUGUUUGGUUUUAAGUAUAUUUGAUUAAAAAAAACUUUGGAAAACAUACUUAAAUGAUAUUAUUGGCUUUUGACAUAGAGCAUUUUUUAAGCUCAUGAGGACUCCACUCCAAAUAAGUGUUCUCAUCUUAAAGAGUGGCGGGCGCUUUUUUUGAUCUCAUUCGGACGUGUCGUACUUUCAUAAAAAGAAGUUUGAGUUAUUUUGAAUCAGUUAUGCCAUAAACAACUCAUACAGGAAAUGUAUUCAUUAAACUGUUUCACAUGUUACAGUUCAUUUAGGAUUCAAGUUUAGUUUAUUUGGACAAAUAAAAAUACGGUCAUGAUCACAGUUCGGUCAAUUUAGUUUAAACCGUGAUGUGCUAAAACAAAAAAAUUUACCAUUUUAAGUUUCUUAAAAGGUAAAACGAGUAAAAACAUUUAAACAUAACAUUUUUAAUUUAAAAUGGCAACUACUUUUUCAUUUUGCUGCUCUGAGAUCUGAAGGAUUUGUUGUACAUUGAAAAAUGUUAAUAGAGACUAAACAGUAAAAAAAAAAUCCAUUGACAAAAAACUCAGUAAAACCAUUUCCAUCCUUUUUAUGUUUUGAAGAUGAAAAGCUCUUCACCCUGUUCCAACAUGGGGUGUGGUCCUGAAGAAAGGAGGCAGAUGAGACGCUCAGUGUGACCUUAAGUCUUCAGCCCCAACCUACAGGUGUUGUUUUUAAAGAUCACAUGACUUUAAACCACUCGAUCAGAUUCUGUAAGUCCACAGAGAUGCUUUUAGUGCCAUUGAGCCAAGCAUGUGUAUUUGUGGAAUCGGGGGAGGGACGUUUUUUUUUUCUACCUCUACAAGUCGGCGAACAGAAUAAAGGUGUGUCACCUGUGCUCACCUGCCUCUGAGACGAAGGCGGCGGGCGGAGUAACAUAAGGCCGUGACCUCAGAGGGGAGCCAUAUCUGUGGAUGUCACACUCCCCCCCCCCCCCCCCCCCCCUAUUCUCAACGCCAGCAGUAUUUCUGUGUUUGUGUUAAAUGAAGCUAUUUUAUGAAGGGAAAUUAAUAUAUAUAUAUGAAUAGAUCUGUGUAUUUUAACAUGUUUUCAUCGUUCUCCGUGAGUUUCAUGCUGUUAAACAAUAGAACCCUGUAUUUAAAACACGUUUUAGGAAAACCAAACUGCAGAUGAGUUCUAAAUGUUUUAUAAAACAUGGCUUUAGAUUUUGUAUGAGAAGUGAUAUUUUACGUGAUUUCUGUCUAUAAUUGUAUACAAAGAGAAAUGAAUGUAACGUGACUGCCGACAGGCACAAAAUUCACUGAAAAGUAAUAAACUAUUGAAAUUCUG